AUGUCGUUCACCAAUUGCCGUUUUUACGAGGAGAAGUACCCGGCGGUCGAUAGCUGUGUCAUGGUCAAUGUCAAGCAGAUCGCCGAAAUGGGUGCUUAUGUCAAGCUUUUGGAGUACGACAACAUCGAUGGCAUGAUUCUGCUUUCUGAAUUGUCCCGACGACGUAUCAGAAGUAUUCAGAAGCUCGUCAGAGUCGGUCGUGACGAAGUUGCCGUCGUGCUGCGUGUGGACAAGGAGAAAGGGUAUAUUGAUCUCUCCAAGCGUCGUGUGUCUGCCGAAGAAGCCGCCAAGUGCGAGGAGCGAUACAACAAGAGCAAGACCGUCCACUUGAUCAUGAGACACGUUGCCGACAAAACUCAGACCCCUGUUGAGACCCUGUACGAGACCAUUGCUUGGCCGUUGAACCGUAAAUUCGGACACGCUGUCGAUGCGUUCAAGCUUUCCAUUACCAACCCCUCAGUCUGGACCGACAUUGCUUUCCCAAGCAAAGGUGCCGAGGACGAGCUGAAGGACUACAUCACCAAGCGUCUCACACCACAGCGCGUCAAGGUUUUGGCCGAGCUUGAAGUCACCUGCUUCUCCUAUGAAGGCAUCGACGGCAUCAUCAAGGCUCUUCGAGCUGCCCAGGAUAAGAGCACAAAGGCUGUUGAGAUCAGCGCCAAGGUUAUCUCGGCGCCUCACUACGUGCUUUCCGCCGUUGUUUUUGAUAAGGAUGAGGGUAUUGCCGUGCUGCAAGAGGCUAUCGAAUGUGCGAGAGAAAGCAUAGUCGCCUCUAAAGGAAACCUGAAAGUCAAGACGGAGCCCAAGGCUGUUACCGAUAGAGAUGAAGCAGAGCUGCAGGCUCUUAUGGAGGAGAGAGCAAGAGAGAAUGCCGAAGUCCCCGGCGAUGACAGUGUUAGUGAGAGCGAUGAUGAGGCUCCUCGUGCUCCUAUCCAAGGAAGCAAAUAA